AUGCCCCGCCGUCGCAAGCCGCCCCGGCCAGGCGCCCUCGGCGAGCUCCCGCCGCUCCGCAUCGCGUCGCAGAUCGCGGCGCUGCAGGGGCUGUACUACGCCGGCGCGCUGGUUCUCAUGCUCUUCACGGCGCUGGUGGCCGGCACGCGGUUCAGCAUGGAGCUGGUGUUUGGGUGGGAGGCCGUGAGGGGGGACACGACGCAGGGCUGGCUGAGCGCGUUUGUGUGGGUUCUCGACGGGGGGCUCUGCAUGGCCGUCGCAAUCAUCGUCCUGAUCGGCCGCUCUAAGCUCGUGCCGGACUUCGCGCUCACCAUGCACGGGCUGCACCUCGUCGUCUCGUCGCUGUACACGGGCCGCGUGCCGCGGAACAUGAUGUGCUGA